AGCCAGCCUAGGGAUCUUCCGGCGUCCUACGCCGACCUUGGCAUUGCGCAUCGCCGGUAUAUAUGCCGCGCCCGCCGAAUCCGGCGCAUACGCACACAGACGCCCAACCCGAUAACACCAUGAAAUCGAUCAUCCUGGCAGCGGUGCUCUCAGUAGCCGUGGCGCAAGCCACCUACCGCUUCCAGCCCAGCUACCAGGCCUACCAGCAGCAGGCCUACCAGCAACAGGCCUACCAGCCCAGACCUAGGUCGUAUGAGGGCAACGCACAAAUCCUGAGGUCUGAUGCUGAGGUCAACGAUAGGGGAUUCCAUUACGCCUUUGAGACGGAGAAUGGUAUCCAAGCUGAAGAGUCAGGCCAAGAAGCGAACGGCAUCCAAGCUCAAGGCAGCUACUCAUACACCGGAGAUGAUGGCCAGGUGUACCAAGUCCGGUACACCGCCGACGCCAACGGUUUCCAGGCCCAGGGGGCUCAUCUGCCCACCCCGCCGCCUGUACCUGAGGCCAUCGCCAGGGCGCUAGCUGAGAACGCCAGGGAUGAAGCGAACGGCAUCUUUGAUGAUGGCAGCUACCACGAGAGCAACUCCGGAGUCGUCGCGGCCCGCACCUUCCCCUCCCCGCGGUACACCCCCCCUCAGACCCGCCGCUACUUCUGAACGCCACGACUCUUCUGAGUGCCAUAUCGCUUAGUCUUAGUUGUAGUUUUGUACACA